UAAAAGCGACCAAAAAUUCUACUUUGUCCGCCAUUUUGAAUGCUGUGCGAGUGGGGAUUUCGUUUUCGUCGUGUAAAAGGGACGCGGUAAAUUUCUCGAAAUUCAAGUGUCUGCGUUCUAAUUUAAUCGAAUCGAUUAAACGUCCACAAAGUGGAAUUGAAAAACAUUGAAAUUGUCUAAAGGAUUAUCAACGCGACGGAAUUGUGGUGGAAAAGUGCGCGUUUUCCGGCCGCCAAAGCUUGGAAAUUUUCGUGUGUGUGGAAAGUUGAAGUGUGUGACGACGGAUACGAAUCUGAUAGAAGACGGUGGACGGGAGCGAAAUCACAAUACGAUUGCGGCGGCUAGUUUUGUGGUGUAAUUGGACAAUUGAAAAGUAUAUUUCGCAAGCGAGAAACGUUUCCCGGACGCCGCUCGCAAGCGGAAAGCAUAAUCGCACGGCAAACGGACGUGGAAAACUCCCAGGCGAUUGUUGGCCGCGGCGGCAUAUUUUCCUGGCAGUCGUAAGGCCGUAUUUCGAUCGAUCGCGCGGAUUAGUUGGUGGCGAUCGGGAAAACAGCUUUGUGUGCGGUCGCGGGACACGGAGCCGGACCGGAAAACUCAGGAAUUGAUCGAAGGAAAGUGAUCGCUGUGCCAAGUGAAAAGCGCGGCGGCGGCGGAGCACACUUUUGAAGUCGGUGUGUACGCGAAGACACGACUUGGCGAGGGGCGAGCGAGGUGCGCGGGUCGCCGUCAAAGAGAAAGAAGUUUUGCCGCCCGGAAAAGUGACGGGAAACGCGUGUGAAGUUCAGCCGUUUCAGUGGAGUACAGUCUGCCCGCCAGGAACGAAAAAGGAUAUAAAGUGAUUCGGACGCAUUUGGACCUGGACGCUAAGCUGGAGGAGCAAGUUAUCUUUCCCCGAAGGAUUUACGCACAAUGAUUAUUCGAUCGAUGGAGAGCAUGUUUACCAUCUCAUCUGAGGCCUACUUCCCUGCUCUUUGCAAGAACCAAACAACGCAACAAUGAGAUAUCAUCCAGACUUACAGUUUAAGUGAACUCUGGAAAGAGUGCUUCAAAGUAUAAUUCUAAAUAUUCAUAGAAUAAGAGAGAGUGUUGAUAGUUGAAUAGUCGGAGUUUGUUUUUAUUAUUUCCUUUAAGAGUUUGCCUCGUUUUUUAUUUUGUUUAUUGAAAAAAAAGUACAUAAAACAAUUAAAGUGAAAAUUCUGUAAUCUGUGCGGUAUUAUAACAAAAAAAAAGUAAAACCUUACUUUUAUAAAUAACAAAACCCUCAAAUAAUUAAGGAAACUAGACGAAAAGGCCACGACAUAAUCGAAGAAAAAAGAGUUCAAAAAUUUUAAGUUCAUUUCCUUUUGUGAUUAAGUGUUAGUAAAAUUAUGGACAAGGGUAUCAUGUUGCCAAAACGAUCACGUAUGGAUGUUAAAGGACCCUAUGCAAAUGGUCCGCUUCAGGCGCGACCGCUCGUUGCCCUGCUGGAUGGACGAGACUGCUCAAUUGAAAUGCCAAUCCUCAAAGACGUUGCCACAGUUGCUUUCUGCGAUGCACAAAGUACAUCAGAAAUUCACGAAAAGGUAUUAAACGAAGCAGUUGGUGCAUUAAUGUGGCACACAAUCAUCCUGACAAAAGAGGAUUUGGAAAAAUUUAAAGUCCUGCGCAUUAUAGUUCGUAUCGGUAGUGGGACAGAUAAUAUUGAUGUGAAAGCGGCAGGUGAAUUAGGUAUUGCCGUGUGCAAUGUACCCGGUUAUGGUGUCGAAGAAGUUGCUGAUACAACAAUGUGUCUGAUUUUAAAUUUAUAUCGUAGAACGUAUUGGUUAGCGAAUAUGGUUAGGGAAGGAAAAAAAUUCACUGGUCCUGAACAGGUUCGGGAAGCAGCACAUGGUUGUGCUCGGAUUCGUGGCGAUACAUUAGGUCUGGUCGGAUUGGGCAGAAUUGGUAGUGCGGUCGCGUUACGAGCAAAAGCAUUCGGUUUCAAUGUAAUAUUCUACGAUCCAUAUCUUCCCGAUGGCAUUGAUAAAUCGCUGGGCCUGACACGAGUUUAUACAUUACAAGAAUUACUAUUCCAAUCAGAUUGUGUAUCAUUACAUUGCACACUAAAUGAACACAAUCAUCAUUUAAUAAAUGAAUUCACAAUUAAACAGAUGAGGCCCGGAGCUUUCUUAGUAAAUACAGCAAGAGGCGGCUUGGUGGAUGACGAUGCCCUGGCGGUCGCUUUAAAACAAGGACGGAUAAGAGCUGCAGCUUUAGAUGUUCACGAGAACGAACCAUACAAUGUAUUCCAGGGAGCCCUUAAGGAUGUUCCAAACCUCAUUUGUACACCACAUGCAGCCUUCUAUAGCGAAGCAUCUGCAACUGAAUUGCGUGAAAUGGCAGCAACCGAAAUACGACGAGCAAUUGUCGGUAAUAUUCCGGAAGUUCUACGAAAUUGUGUUAAUAAGGAGUAUUUCAUGCGAUCGGCUGCAGCAGCUGCUGCCGCGGCUGCUUACACAGAAGAAUUUAAAGACAAGUACGUGGUUAAGUGAGUUUGAGGCGCGGUCAACUAUCUAUUCAGCUCAUAAUUGAAAUGAAGAGAAAGGGAGAGAAAUAGUAGAAGGUGGACGUGAAAUGGAUUAAAAAAAGAUAAAAACGAUUUUAUUUUUUUGUACAUUAAAAGAAUUCUCUACAAAUCGAUCGUUUCUUUGUUUUUAAGGAGAAGAAUUAGAAAGUUGAGACUUUUUAAUUCGAUUAAAUGAUAGAUAAACGAAGUAUAUUAAUAAAGAUGAUUUUGUCAUAAAAAUUAUGUGUAUAAGGUGAAAGUAAACACAGAUUUUGACUCUAGAUUUUGUACUUGUUAGUCCGUCGGUGUAUUUGAUUUUCGUUUAGAUUCAGUUCUUUCGGUAUAAUUCGAAUGUAUAUUUUUGUUGAUCUAGAAAAACGUAAUUAGACACUGUACAGAAUUGGACAAGUAGUUUUGAUUGUCAUCGUAGCUUUUUGUGUAUUGGCUUUAAAAAGUACAGUUUUGACUUGAAUUCCCAGUGAGUCGUGAUAUUUUUUUCGUAGUUUGGUUUGUUUUAUGUAAAUAUUGUAGUUUUUUUUUUAUUAUUUUUAAUUUCUGAAGGAAGAAAAUUGCUUGGUAGCGUGAUAUCUCAUCUUCAUUGUUUUUCGUCUGUACAGUUGGUGCAUUUUUAAACCGCUUACAAGCUUCAAAAUAAUUUUUAUGACAAGCACUGUCACAUUCUACACUUCCCUUUAACAACAUUUAUUUGGCUUUCUUUGUUGUUGUUUUUCUUUUAAUCAGAAAUUAUGUAUAACUUUUAUGGCCGUACUCAUGCGCUGCUAAUACUUUCCUAAUUGAAAAAUAUUUAACUAAAAAAAGAAAUUAAAACACACAAUAUCCAAAAUUUACUCGCUUUUACACAGUUUGCUCUUUACUGUUAGUUGAAAAUUGAAAUAAAAAAAAAACAAAAAAGGAUAAAA